CGACGCUAAAUAGGUAUAACACUUAAUGUUGUAACAUUUCUUCUUUUUCCUUGGAGGAUCAAUCAUACAUUUUCUGCAGUUUUAUUUUUUUAUAUACUUGCGCAGUUCUAUUUAAGUGCUUUGGCUGAAAAAUGCGAGUGAAAUGUAUCUCCGUUGUUGGAUUUGGUCUGAGCUUUUGUUCCUUCGUCAUUUUGGUCCAUAGAACGUUUGGAGAUGUAAGUUAUUCUUUUCCAGAAGAGAUGAAAAGCGGAUCUGUGGUUGGAAAUGUAGCCAAAGAUCUCGGACUCGAUGUGAAGGCACUGUUCGCACGCAAGGCCCGCGUUGACGCUGAAGGUAAACGAAAACGAUACUGUAACAUUAAUCAGAAUACCGGAGAACUGAUUGUGGCAGAGAGGAUUGACAGAGAGGCGCUGUGUGGUAAGAAGCCCUCGUGCGUCAUAACACAGGAGCUUGUGCUGGAGAAUCCUUUAGAAUUACACAAAGUAAUCUUAAAUAUUGAAGACGUUAAUGACAAUUCACCACGCUUUGAAACGGAUGUGAUUGGAAUCGAAAUAGCAGAGUCUACGUCUAAGGGUGCCAUAUUUCUGUUAGAUGAAGCCGUCGAUGCUGAUAUUGGAAAGAAUUCGGUUCAGUUAUACUCGCUGCAAACGAAUGCACAUUUCGCUUUGAAUAUACAGUCAAACAUGGACGGUGGGAAAUAUAGUGAGCUGGUAUUACAAAAAGAAUUAGAUCGCGAAAAGCAGCAGAAGGUAACGUUCGUUCUUACUGCAAUAGACGGUGGGACUCCGCCGAGAUCAGGUAGUGUAGUCAUAGACGUUACUGUACUGGAUGCUAAUGAUAACGCCCCAGUGUUUAGUCAGUCCGUCUAUAAAGUCAGUCUGCCUGAAAAUUCACCAGUAGGUACUGUAGUGAUUACAGUGAGCGCUAGUGACGCUGACGAGGGACAAAAUGGAAAAGUAACUUAUGCACUAGGCCACGUGUCUGAGAGAGUUGACGAAUUGUUUUCUCUAGAUGGAGAUAAUGGAAAAAUUGCAGUGAAAGGUUCUAUUGACUUUGAAGAAGACACAUCAUUUGAAUUAAAAAUAUUAGCAACGGACGGAUCUGGUUUAAAGUCUUACUGUAAAGUAGUAAUAGACAUUACUGAUGUAAAUGACAAUGCUCCUGUGAUAGUCCUUAAAUCUCUGAAGAGUCCGCUUCCUGAGAAUGCCCAACCAGGCACACAGGUGGGCAUCAUUAAUGUGCAGGACAGAGACUCUGAGAAUAACCAACAGGUUCACUGCUCAAUUCAGCAAAAUAUUCCAUUUCAGUUCGUCCUGUCGAUUAAAAAUUAUUAUUCUCUAGAGGUCGCAGGAGAAUUGGACCGUGAAGUAGUGCCUGAUUAUAACAUUACAAUUACUGCUACUGAUGAGGGCUCACCACCUUUGUCGUCCUCUAAAACUAUUUAUCUCUCAAUAGCUGAUGUGAAUGAUAAUGCACCUGCAUUUCAGGAGCAUAUUUACAGCGCCCAUGUGAAAGAAAAUAACAAACCAGGAUCCGCUGUGUGUACAGUAGCAGCAACAGACCCAGACUGGAGACAGAACGGUACUGUAGUUUAUUCUCUGUUUCCCUCUGAUGUCAAUGGAGCUCCGGUUACAUCUUUUUUAUCCAUUAAUGGAGACACGGGAGUUAUUCAUGCCGUGAGGUCUUUUGAUUAUGAGCAGUUUAAAAGUUUUAAAGUGCUCGUCUUGGCCAGAGACAACGGUUCUCCUCCUCUGAGAAGUAACGUGACCGUGAGCGUUUUCAUCAUGGAUGAGAAUGAUAACUCUCCUCAGAUAUUAUAUCCCUCUCCGGACGGAAACUCUUUUAUGACCGAAAUGGUGCCUAAAACAUUACAAGCGGGCUCCCUCGUUUCCAAGGUGAUUGCAGUGGACGCAGACUGCGGGCAGAAUGCGUGGCUCUCUUAUCAUAUAUUGAAAGCCACCGACCAAGGACUUUUCACGAUCGGUGUCCACAGCGGUGAAAUAAAGAUGCAACGGGAUCUAUCUGAAUCCGAUAACAUGAAGCAAAAUCUCGUUGUUUCGGUUAGAGAUAACGGACAGCCCUCUCUGUCUGCGACAUGUAUAAUGUAUUUAAUCAUUUCAGAUAAUUUAGCUGAAGUCCCAGAACUGAAAGAUAUGUCUCACGACGAGAGUAACACGAGACUAACCUUCUAUUUAGUCGUUGCACUAGUGAGCGUUUCAACGUUCUUCCUCGUGUUCAUCAUCAUUAUCAUGGCUGUGAGGUUUUGCCGCAAGAGGAAGCCCAGACUAAUGUUUGAUGGAGCUGUCACCAUUCCCAGCACGUAUCUCCCUCCAAAUUACGCAGAUGUGGAGGGUACCGGAACUCUCCACAGCAACUUCAAUUAUGACGCAUACCUAACUGCAGGCUCACGCACAAGUGAUUUCAAGUUUGUCACGUCCUACAACGAGGAAACGCUGCCUGCUGACGUGACUAUGAACAAGUCUCAAACACCUAUCAGUGACUUUGUGGGGCUUCGUAAUGCAACAAAUGACGUUCAGAGACUGUCUGACUCGGCAGUGUUUACGCAUUUUACAUUUCUGUCUUAUAUACCGGUCUUAGCUUUUCGCCACAAGGAUGCGGGCUAA